CGGCAUCCCAUCCAAUGCAUCCCCCCCCGUCUUUGUUUCCCCCGCGUGUCUUCAAUAUCUUUCUGCCUAUCUGUCGAACAGCCCUAUCUGGAAUUGAGUCCCCACCGUUCACCUUUUCUUAUUUUUUCCCUUUCCCUUUUCUGCUCUCCCCUUUCGCUCCCCCUCCAUUUUUCCCUUUUCCCUCGGUCUUCCCCCCUCCCAGCCUGCCAAUCCCUCGCGAGGAUGCUGCUGACCCUCAAACCCUCCUCCCAGAACGGGGUGAAAGGGCCUCCCCAUGACUACGCCAUCGUUCGCCAGUCCAUUCCUGCCGCCCCACGCGCCUCCUCUCCGCCCCCCGCGACCUCGGAACCCCAGACGCAGAGCAUGGAGUCCUCGCGGAGAGGACUGCCUCCUCCCUCUGCAUUGACCUUGCCGCCGCCCGAUGUCGCCUUCGCCGCCGGGAACCCCAUGUCCCAACAGCCCCUGCCGCCGCGUCCGCCGCCCCAGCGCCCGGACUCGGACGCCUCCUAUUACUCCUGGCUCGAAGCCAAGGCCGAGGAGGACCGCCGAAAGCAGGAAGAGGAGAAGACCCGUCAGGAAACCUUGCGGCUGGAGCAGCGUCGGAUCGAACAGAGUAUGCUGCGGGAUUCCCUGCACGCCGGGGUCCCGCCGCACAUGAUCCCGCUCAUCUUCGCCGGCAUCAGCCAGGGCGGCGUGCCUCAAUCCGUGUUGGAGGUGAGCCAACAGUAUAUGGCCCAAUCCGCGGUCCCUCCGCCGCCGCGGGGACCUCCGGCACCCUCCUCGAUGCCCGGCCUGUCCCAUUCGUCGUCACAACGGCGGCCGCCUCAUGCCCGUCGAGAUUCUCGCUCCAUCCCCUCCUCUUCUUCUCAUCCGUACGUGACGUCGACGCAACAGCCAGUGCCCGGGCCCGGCGUGCUGCUCUCGCAACCGUUGCAUGCACCGGCACCCUCGUCCACGCCGCAAUCGAUGGGCAGGUCCUCGGAUCCCCGUGCCGCCCCGACCAUGUCCCGACUCAACACUGGCGAGUCGCAGGGCUCCCAGCAGCAGCCUGCAAUCAACCUUAGCAAUGUACAUUAUGCCCCGGGGUCGUCGGUCCCGCUCUCGCAACCUGCUGGCGGGAAAUCCGAUUCCCAACCGCGCCAGUCGCCUCCCUCUCUGUAUUUCCAUCAUUGGGUCCCUCCGGCACAAUCGCAACCCAAUACCCCGAGAAACCGACAGGAGUCUCCCGGGGCCUCGCAGGCUCCUCGACGACCCGACUACCAGAACUCACCGGGCCGCAAAAGAAAGGCGCAGGGACCCCACCAGCAAGCUCCGCUGCCGUCCUCACGUCCCUCAGACCAUCGUCCUGGUUCCUCUCAAAAUUCCCGCUCGGGGUCUCCUAUGAUUUCGGCGCGUCCGGCGGAGCAGUCCUCACAUACCCGUCAACGGAGUGAUACCUCGAAUCCGUACGACCCCCGCAUUCCCGACCAUCAUGGUCCUGAACCGUCGAGUAGACGCGCCAGCGUGACUCGGCCUACGAUACGAACGAUGACGUCGGCCGAGGAGACCGGCUCGGAGAGGGGCUACAGUCGCACGGAGGACCAGGAUCGCAGCGGAUAUCCGUCUCGAUCGGAGAGUCACGCCAACUAUUCCCACCCGGCGUCUCAAGGCCCUUACGCUUCUAGCGUCGGCACGGCGCCUCCUGACUCUGACGCAGAUAGUAGUCCUGGCCAUUCCCCUAGGACGGGGAGCCCUCGUCGAUUACGACGGUCCGGU